AUGCAAUCGAAACGUCUGUCUUUUAUUUCAUCAAUGUCACCAUCCAAGCACUCAUCGCCUCAAUUCCAAGCUCUGCCUACCUUUAACCCUUAUGAGAGCAUACAACAACAACAGAAACAACUACAUAGUGAUUUGUAUCAACUGCAGUCAAAGUUGAGAAUAGUCACCCAAGAUGAUUCAUCGAUACCAGAUUACAAGGAAAUACCAAUGUCGGGAAAAAAAUCAGACUAUAGCAUGAAAAUAGUGGUUGCUGGUGACGGUGCUGUAGGUAAAACCUGUUUGUUGGUGAGUUAUACGCAGAAUAAGUUUCCUGAAAUCUAUGUCCCUACAGUGUUUGAGAAUUAUGUCACAACGUUGGGUGCACCCAAUGGUAAAUCGUUUGAAUUAGCAUUGUGGGAUACAGCAGGACAAGAAGAAUAUGAUCGAUUGAGACCCUUGAGUUACCGUGAUGCUGACUUGAUAUUCGUAUGCUUUGCCUUGGAUAACAUUACAAGUUUGAUUAACAUCAAGGAUAAAUGGUUUCCUGAAAUAAAGCAUUAUUGCCCUACUGUGCCAGUUAUCCUUGUAGGAACCAAAUCUGAUCUACUGGGGACUAUUCCAACUGAGCUUCCUCCCCAAGUUGCUAUGGAGAUUGGUGCUAUUGCGUAUGUUGAAUGUUCUGCCAAAGACAUGUAUCAAGUCCGUGCCCUGUUCAAUGUUGCCCUUGAGCAACAUCAAAAAGAAAUGGAGAGACAAGAACAGUACCAAGCUAGCAACAGGAGAAGAUUGUUAAGACGUUCAAAUGCUGGUGCAUCGUCAAGUGGCAAUUACGGUCACAUGAGAAACAAGAGCAGUACGUCUUCGAGUAAACGAGGCCAUAAACAAAACGGAUCAUUGAGUUCCAGUGUAUUGAUUGAUGAACCAUUGACUGAAGAUACGUAUCAAAGCAAUCCCUAUGGAAGUUUCAACGGAGAUUCUCGAAACAAUGGUGAAUUCGAUUUCAUUAAUGAACGAAAGAAAAUGGAAAAGAAAAAGUGUGUUAUCUUGUAG